GGCACGAAGAAGACGAGCUCCUUCGCUACCAAGUGAAGCGAAGACCGAUGUACCUGUCCGAGCUGCAGGCAGUGGACGCGGAACUAGCGGGAGUGUCCGAGCCGUCGGCUUCUGACCUUGGCACGUCCGUCUUCUCAUGGAAGGUGAGGUACGACCGUACCAGGAACAUGCUGACCGUACCCCAUGGCCUCAUGGCGGUCAUGGUGAAGAGUGACGAUGAGGAGCCCGUGCUGGCUGGCCCCGUUUCGGCACCCCUUAUGCGGCUGCUGCUACCACGGCCGGAGGGACCGUACUCCUGGAAGGACGGUCAUGACCAGCACCUUGCCUACGUCAGAGAAUGCUUGCGGUCGGCGCACAACGCCAGCUUGGACGUGGAGGGCGACUCGGCGCUUCUCGAGGAGCUCAUCUACGAAACCGCUCUGCUGGGGCCGCUAUUCGACGUCUACCGCAUGACCAUAUUCGAGACGUUCGACGGGGACGUGUACCUGCACCCGGAUUACGACAACUGGCAGCUGUUCUAUGUCAUCUGGACCAUGACGCACUGCGGCGAGCCUCGACGAGCCGAUUUGGUGAACGCUGUGCUGAGGAACUCCGUGCGCUUCACGCGUAGCUUCAACUGCGGCCUCAAGGACGCCAUGUAUCAGAGAAGGAAGUGCAACUUCUGGGUUUACUGGUGACCAAUAAGAUACGGGUGC